CGGAAGGUUGCAGGCACUGCGGCGGGAAAGGGUAGAAUGUAGGGAGUGGUGUACACGUCAACGAGGAGGAGCGUAAUGCAGCAGAGUAGAUGAUGAGCGAGGAGAGGAGAGGAGAGGUGAUAAUGCGAGCGCAGGCGUGACUAGCCGAGACGUCGAGUGUUGGUUGAGGAUGGUACUCGUCGGAUGGGAUGGCGAUCUGGAGCCAGAAACGCGAAGAUUUGAUGUGAUUCCAGAUAGUUGAGAGGCGAGACGCGAGUUGUUGUGAGCGUGUACAUUUUACUGCCGACCUUACGUUCGUUCGGCAGGAUAGACAGACGGGCUGAGCUUCUCGGAACCUCAUGUAGACGUAUUAGGUAGGGCUUGCCGCUUGCCAUGGAGUUGCAGCGACCUCCUCGUCCUCGUCCUCUUUUUCCUCGUCCUGUACAUGUGACUCCGAAUGCUUGGUUCCUCGUCCUAUCCAUACAGCUUCCUUCCUUUUGCUUCGAAUGCCCGAAUGGGCCGAACGAACUCCUCUAGAAUGAUGCAAUCAUUAGGCACGUCAAGUCUACCUCACUCUGCCGGUGCGGAUUUCGGCUCCCUGCGUGUCUGAGUCGAGGGCCAAAAUCCAAUCCCCAUCAUCUCGCCCUUGCGCUGUCGAAAGGAUAUCGAAGGUCGAUCGAGGGGUCCAUCCCCGCACCCGCUGGGUAUGUUGUGAAUGUUUGUAAUAGUUUGGAAGUUCUUCCUUGUGCUGUAUCUUCACUAUGGAGUUCAGAAAGUCUGCUUGAAAUCCUGAACCAAUUUAAAUCGACCGACCACGCAAGGAACAUGAAUUGGGAUUGAGGUGACCGAGACGAUUGAAGUUACCGCCUGCGCUAAGCAAGGAUAUCUAGUCGAGUUGAGAGUCGCUUCUCUACGAGAUUUGGACGAUAUUGGCUGCCUGGACUCCUAUAAUAGUUGGCUGUAAUACGUGCUGCGAAUUGGCUCCAAGUUCCCUUCAGUAGUUACAUCAUUGGCAGAUUCGACACAUCCGGUUCUUACAUCUGCCGAUGCUUCAAACAGUACUGGCUCUCUUCCCCUUUCUUUUUGAGGAGGGAGACAUUGACGUGCUGUGUGCUUCUUAAUUAUGUACUCAAACGCAUUCGAUCAUAUCCGCACUGCAGCCGGGGCCGACGCAAUGUGGCAAAAUUUGUAGAGUUGGAAACUAUUCUCCCAGACUGUCCACAGUUUUGAAGAGCUCGUGGCGACUAUCGGGACAAGUGGUUCCACUAGCUCCACGAGCGAGUGCCACAGUCAGCAAACUAUCAAGCAGCAUGGGAAACGGGAAGUCGUAAUUCUACAAUUUUAUUGUGUUCGAGUAAGGAGGACUUUCACAUCCUUUCGCAGCUAGGUGAGGUUCAAUUGAUAAACUAUAAAUAGACUCCAGAAACUAUGCCCGCAUGGGACUAAAGUCGGUGUCUGAGGAUCCCUUGUCAGGUGCAGCACCUACGAGCGGGGCCUGGUGGGCCAGCACGCGUGUGCGUUUUACAUCUGAAUUGAAUUGGAGGUCACCUAUAGAAUGGAUUAUAUUGUUUCGAUACUGGCGGGUAUUUGCUCGGCGCAUUCAGAAUGGAGAAGGAAAUUGCACAUGUGAAGAUACAAAAAGGAGUUGGGAGCUUUGUAGCACAUCUCAUCGCAACGAUAUCGUUAGAACAGUCAGCCUUAGGAUCUUUCUCUCCUCUUCACCUCAUAAUAGCUUAGAUACCAUGGUGUCGAGAAUGUGUACCGCUGGUAACGUUAGGGACUGAUGAUUUCGGGACUGAUGAUUUCGAACAGUUCGACAUUCGCAGACCUCGUUGUAGCGGUCGAGUAGCAGAAAUCUCAGAUGAACAUGCUGCACAUGUUCCGAGGAGACCGAAUGGCGAGCUACAAAACGAAUUAUCAUAUUCGGCAUAGUUAUCAACCAGCCUAUGUUUCUAGCAAUCGUCGGAAGAUAUCUUGCGUGCAACCUUUCAGAAAUUAGAAGUAGAAGCUGGUGGAAUUUUUUCAUUGGUUCCGUUCUUGUAUUUAUUGUUUCACGAACAGUGAUCAAGCUGAAUGCGUAUCUACAUUCGCGCCGAUCUUCUCUGAGACUCAGACUAUUAUCGAACUUGACUCAGACGCUAGAUAGAUGAAGUUCAGCGAGAAGCUUACGAGAUAAUUGCCACGGAUCGAGAGCGAAAAAUGGCUGAGCUAGCCUGGUUGACAUCUUCGCCAGCAGCCAAAGUGACUUUGAAUGCAUCUUCUUCGUUUAGCAACUCGAACGAGAACCUUUUUGACCUGCUACAAGGUCGCUUGGGGAGUGGAGCGUUCGGGGGAGCAGCAACAGUAGAUUCUUCAUCGUUUUUCCGCACAUCAGAUCAGAUGACGAAUGUAACAGUAGCUUCGAAUCAUACGGAGUCCACUGUGUCGCUGAUGAAGGCGGAGGACGGAAAUAAUCAUAUGCAUUCGCCUCUUUGGGUAGCUGCCGGCGCUGCUGCUGUAGCAACAGAUGGUAUCUACAGCUCUACUGGUCCGGCAGCAGCUCAUGUGCCAUCCAUUGAUAGCACCCAAUUGUCUUCUUACGUCAAGCCGCACGAUCCUUCGCCGCAGCUUCAGGCUCUACGUGACUUCAUGGCUUAUGGGAGCAACGUUAACAACCAUUCUAUGUCGACAGCAGUGGAUAAUAUCAACCUUGCGCCCGGAAAUCCAAUGUUCCUGCACUUGGGUGAAGAAUCUCCCGCUUCAUUGCUCAUUGGAAUGCCUCACCACUCCAAUCCCAUAUCUACUUCUCCUAGCAAAGGUCCGGAUAUGAUGGCGUAUAGAGCUCUAUGUCAGGCCGAGCUUUUUGCGACAGAAAGGAGCCCACACAGAACGCAAUUCCAACGAGAAAAUCACAUCCUUGCAGAGCGUCAGCGCAGGGAAGAAAUGAACGAGAAGUUUUCGGCCUUAAGGGCAAUGAUACCCAAAGCAACCAAAAAAGACAAGGCGUCCAUUGUAGGAGAUACAAUCGCGUACGUGCUGGAGCUGGAGAAAACCCUAAAACAACUGAAGGCCUGCAAAGACAGUCGAAAGGGAUUCAGCUUCAAGCUUCUAAAGAAGAAAUCUUCUUCAAAAGUAUUGGAAGACAACGACAGAUCGACCUCAGACACAGCACCAGAUACAGCUGCCCCAGAGGAAAUGAAACCUGGUCCGGGAUGUUCGAACUCAACAAGAUUUGAAGACAUUGUUUUAAAAGAGUGCAAAGAAAGAGAAGAGCCGACAAUAAGUUCAUCGGAUAACAUCAGUAGAGACUGCUCUCAUAAUCAUCAUAAACCCAUGGAGAAGGACAAUCUUUUGGACAUCGACAUUAGUAGUAGCUCUCAGGUUGAGGUACAAAAUCUAGGAGAGCAAGCCGUUAUCAAGAUAGUGUGCGCCCGCAGUCGUGGUCUUGUUCUUCGAAUCAUACAAGCUUUGGAGGAGUGCAAAACGGAAAUUCUUCAGUCGAAUGUAACAACAGUUUCUCAACAUUCUGUACAUUUUAUCACUGUGCAGAUCAAUUCGGGGCUGAGCUGUUCAAUAGAGCAGAUGGUCCAAGCUCUUCUUAAAGCUUCAAAUCCGAAUCAGAUUGCGGAGACAUGACAACAGUUACGCCGCAGCGGAAGAGACCAAACAACUUUUAAUAGCCGGCCAAGUCUAGAUGCACCCAGUUGAUGUAAUGAGUUGACUCCUCAAAUUCACUUGUUACUGCAUGCAAAAUUACCGGUGAGUGUAUCGAUCAAUUUUGAUCAUGUAGUAAUUCAAGUACAGUCUCCUUUAGAAAAUCUUUGGGUAAAAGGAUCCCCAAUCCGACUCGGUACAGAAGAAAUUUCUCUUUGUAUUACAAGAACAGAUAUAGCACCCCCAUCAACACUAGUCAGACUACUGAAGUAGCUCAGAGAAGUUGGAGAGGUAGAUCACAACUUGUGGUGAGAAUCCUCUCCACCGACAUCUCAACAAAUACUUACACUAUCCCUCAAGCAACAAGGUCUAAAAUGUCAUAAACAGAGACCAGCACUGACUAAACUAUAUUCCCUACAUUAGCUACGAAAGUAGUCAGUUCCACGAUAACAAGGUAGGCUUUAGUCAAGUAGGGAGUUUGAUUAGAGGAUGAGAUUUAGUUCAUGUCUUUUCAGCAUCCCUCAAGAAGAUGUGAGGUGCUUCUGGUUCGACCUGGUAAAGUCCAAUUUUCAAACCUCUCACUAGUUCUCCAAUUGGCUUCCCAGUCCAGUCCAGAAGACAUGUAUCAAUUGGUUGUUGAGCUUUACACAUCCCAGUUUGCGGACUUAUGUUAGUGCACUUACGUCCCAUGGAGUUCGUUACCUUGACAUCUGGCCCAAGAUAUCAAACUCAAGCUUGAUGUUUCAUGAAAUUUCUCCAGGCAAGUAGCGACAAUUUCCUUUCCUCCUAUUAGACUACUCUUCGGACCCUACACCUUACUCACUGUGAACCACUGAACAUUGAUUGUCAUAACUAAAUGUGCUGCAAUUCGGAAAAGUCUGCAGUCCGGUGCCGCUAAAUUACAUCCAAAAAUGGCAUUUUCGAUCCAGAGAUCAAAAGGACUCUGUUAGCGCAUAAUGCCACGAGAUUGUGUAUUGGAUGUUGUUCAAUAUGUGAGAAUAUGUCGCAUUCAGUUAUGUUGCCUUGUAUAUACUUAUAGCGCCACUUAGUUAAGUGGGAUAUGGGCACUUGCUGGUACACGGUGUAGAAAAGUGAAAUCGGAAUUUUUAUUUUUCUAAGCUGGGGUUUACGACGAAGCUGAGGACUAAGCUAGGUGCGGAAUCAUAAAGAGUCAUUGUCUACACCAUAGUGGUUGCACUAUCCUCGAGCUUAGAACCUGUACUGGCAAUGUGCUAUCUUGAGAAGUUUUUUUAUAAGUCCAACGCAACGACAGGAAGUAAAGAGUUCUAGAAGGUUAAGGUAGAAGAUUGAGAACAAACUCAAGCACGCAUACAGAAUCUGAAGAUGAUGCACGUCUUCACACGUGGACUUACGACUUAUCAUGGACCCAUCAUCGGUCAUCAGCUUGGUGGACACCUGUGGACCAGCUGCACGUACUAUGAUUUUCUAGUAUCGAUCUAGGUACUCUGGUACGUGCUAUAUCAAAUUUCCUGAUUGGAGUUUCGGGAAGUGGUAUUAUCCGGUAAACAUUUUUUCCAAAAUCAAAUUGAGACCGGCUGGACAUAGAAGGUUUCAGAGUCCAAAAUGUCCAAAAUCUGUUUGUGAAUCCAAGUACUUCUCCACUUAUCAAGUUCCAACUCUUUACUAGAAUUUCAUGCACUUGGGAGAUGCCGUGAAAUGGAGUGUACUGUACUUGCCAAUUAGAAGCCUUCACACCCCAGGCCCCUUAGCUUUCAGUACCCGAACCUGAUCCACAAUGAUAAAAGGCACGCCCACCAGUAAUGAAUGCGGGCAAAUUAUGUGGAAAGCCCGAAAUUCCGAGAGAUGAAUCAUGACUGCAGGAGGAGGAGGAAGAUUUGAGAAGAUGCAUUAUGCCCGGUACGUAGCGUGGGAAACGUACUCUCAGUGGAUCCACUGCAAUCAAAGAGUCUGGAUUGGUUUUGCUCACCGGUGUGAUUGGAAGAUGAUAGAUUUGAACUGUCUCAGCAUGUACAUAAGUACAGUAAUCAUCGAGGAAGACGAGUCUCGGAAUAAGUAUGUCACAUAACGAUGAAUCAAGCGCAAAUGUGGAAUCUUGCGAUUUGAUAGCGCGAGCUUAUUACAAAAGGACCCAACCGUCAUGGACUUUGAUCAGCCAUGGCCACGUACAUACACGUACAAUUAGUUUGAUGUAAAGCGCGUAAGUACUCCACAACUACUUGACGACCGUCCAUGUCAGUGCAGUUCGUUCUGCCUGUCUCGUCUGUUAGAACAUUUUCCGGUUCAUAUUCUCACAAUUGUACUCCUUCCAGUUC